AUGCCGCCAAAGUUCGACCCAUCACAGGUGGUCGACGUCUACGUCCGGGUCACCGGAGGUGAAGUCGGAGCUGCCAGCUCUCUCGCCCCCAAAAUCGGUCCACUUGGUCUGUCCCCAAAGAAAAUCGGUGAAGACAUCGCCAAAGAAACCGCCAAGGACUGGAAAGGCCUUCGCGUCACCGUCAAGCUCACCGUCCAGAAUCGUCAGGCCAAGGUCUCCGUCGUUCCGUCGGCCGCAGCUCUCGUCAUCAAAGCCCUGAAAGAGCCAGAGCGCGACCGCAAGAAAACCAAGAACAUUAAGCACACUGGGAAUAUCAGUUUGGAUGAUGUGAUUGAGAUCGCGAAGAUCAUGAGGCCGAGAUCCAUGGCUAAGGAUUUGAGUGGAACGGUCAAGGAGAUUCUCGGGACGUGUGUCUCGGUUGGGUGUACGGUUGAUGGGAAGAAUCCAAAGGAUCUUCAGCAAGAGAUUGCUGAUGGUGAUGUCGAGAUUCCUCAGGAUUGA